AUGAUCGAGGGUCAAAGUGGUGAGCACAUGCGCGACCCCGACGUUGUGCGUGCAACCAGCGCAAUGAUUGCACCAGCGGACAUGACUGAGCUGGAGGAGAUCGAUUGGAUGUACAGCGUCCAGAUAAACCGUUGGCUGAUGAGGCCGAUCGGUGUCUGGCCGAUUUCUUUAUGCCUCGGCAUCGUGGAGAAACUCAGCACGGUGACGCUGGCUUUAAUCAGUACCUUUCUAAUAGGAUUUCUCCUCGUCCCGUGCGCGCUGUGCACCAUCCUCGAUAAAACCGGCGACCUGGACGCUAAGAUCAAGAUGAUCGGCCCGCUCAGCUUCUGCGUGAUGGCCGCCGUCAAGUACUACAUCCUCGUGUCUCGCAGCGGCAAGAUCAGCAGCUGCAUAUGGACCAUCAGGUCCGACUGGGCGCAAUGCGCCGCGGGGAUAAUGAACGAGAGCAAAGAGAUCAUGAUCGAGAGCGCGAAGUUCGGCAGAUCGCUGGCUGUGUUCUGCGCCGCGUUCAUGUACUCCGGGGGGUUUUUCUAUACCACCGUGAUGCCAUUAGCUUCUAAGAGGACGGAGAUCAUCGACAACGAGACGGUUAGGUCCCAAGCUUUCCCGAUCUACCGCGGCCUCCUCGAUCCUAGGACCAGCCCGUCGUUCGAGAUCGUGCAACUGAUGCAGUGCUUGGCUGGGUUCGUCAUAUACUCCGUCACCGUCGGCGCCUGCAGUCUGGCUGCGGUGUUCGUCACCCACGCCUGCGGCCAGUUCAAGAUCCUGACGGCGAAGCUCGACCGAUUCGUGAACAACUCGCUGGAGAAGGUUAACGCGAAGAUCAGGGAGGAAAGUUUAGGGGAUAUCGUUGAGCAUCAUUUGAAGAUACUACGUUUUAUACAGCAGGUUGAAGAACUUCUGAACGAGGUGUGCUUCGUGGAACUCAUUGGAUGCACGCUGAACAUAUGCUUCUUAGGGUAUUAUUUGCUGACGGAAUGGGAGCAAAGCGAUGCUAUCGGGACACUGACAUAUUGCACGUUAUUAAUAUCAUUUACAUUCAAUAUUUUUAUACUGUGCUACAUCGGCGAAAUUCUCUCCGAAGAGUGCAUAAAACUCGGCUUGGCAGCUUACAUGAUCGACUGGUACCGCUUACCUGGAAAGGACGCUCUCGGUUUGAUACUGAUAUUCGCCAUAUCCAACAGUUCCAUAAAAUUGACUGCUGGAAAGCUCGCUGAGCUGUCGUUGGCCAGUUUUUGCAGCGUGCUAAAAUCGGCUCUGGCUUACUUGAGCUUGCUUCGUACGCUCACUACAUAA